AUGCUCAGAUAUUGGCUAUAUCUAUUGUUUUUCGCAUUAGGGAAAGCAAAUGUAGCGGUUCAAAGUAAUGUUCCAGCUAUCUUGUUUUCUUAUUCACUUAGGUCGCCAGGUUUACUUCAUUUCAUGACAGAUUAUAAUACGCUUUCAGAACUUCCAAAGCAGCAGUUUUCGCAUGUAGCUAAGCAAAUGCUUGCAAAAUGCAAUUCGGAUGCCUUUGUCUUUGUUAAUAUGCCAGGAAUUUCAAAGCUUGAUCUUUCAAUGUGGAGUACGGAUCAGUGGACAUCACUAGUACGAUACAUUGAGGGAAGCUCUACUGCAUUAAAAUUCGAGAAAGUUGAGGUGAAUGAAGAGGAGCCUGAUUUGUUUACAGAACUCAUCGAUUUUACUGCUCUUCGCUGCCAUUUGCAGGAUAUAAUUACUAUUAGAGGGAAUAAGACAGAAGACUUCGAGCCGUACAUUGAUUCCAGAGGUCGCAUUAUUAGGAUUGACUAUCCUCCCCUUCCUGUCACCUACUCUAUAGAUGGAAAAAGUCGCGACGAAGUUAUUAAAGAUUACGAUAAAUUUCUAAGGUAUGUCUUGGCACAGCUACCUUCGCCACAUCAUACAGUGAUAUUCACCUCUUUGGAGGCCCAACCAAUUCCUCGGGAUGACAAUUGGAUUGCGCUAGAUAUAUUUCCUCAAAUAUUCGACGACGCGUCAAGAAAUCAAGAUAUUGAGCGAAAUAACAAGAUUUUGGACGUCCGUCCACCCUUUAAUACGCAUCGUCCCAAGUUUACUGAACCUUCGAGCAAUUAUAUGACCAUUUUUGAUGAAGACUUCCUUAAAGAGAACUCUAAAUUGCUGAGAUGGAUCCUACUGGUUACAGUCGGUUAUGUAACAGUACACAUCAUAUUAUACCUGCAAAAGCAGAGGUUCAAUGAUAACGAUAAAAAAAGUGAUUGA